GUGGUGGAGUAAGGGUCACGUUGCUCCUCCCGCUAUUGCUCUCUCACUGAGUUCUCCCAGAAAUACACAAAGUCCGUAAGAGGAAGAAAAUAGUUUUAGAGACGAAAAGGAGGAGGAAAAAAAUAUAUAAUGACAUGGGAAUGAGGACUAGAAGGAGAAAACUGUAAUAAAGAUAUCAACAAUCGUAUUAAACUUAAUUUCUGCGGUCUGAAGUCGUUGUUCAUUGACCGUUUUCAAGAUUGUUGUAUAAAGCUUUUCGGGGUCGAAUGAAAAAUAUAACCAAGAGAAGAAAUAUGGGUUAAGAACAGAAGCAAGCGACUAGUAUUAAAAAAAAAAAACGCUAAUCUCUAAGACGAUAACAGAGAGGAAGGAAAGAAGAAAGGGAGGAAGGAAGAGCGGCAUAAACUGAUAAAGAAAGAAGGAAAGAACCUCAGGAAAAGAAAAAAAACUAGAGAUAAACGAGAGAAAAUGAAAGACUAAGACGGAAAAUGUAAAUAUGACUGGACUGGGUUUUAUUAAGUGCGUAUGACCCCGGAAAAUUAUUAGGCGAAUCGCUCACACCAUCACGCCACACCACGAGUCAGUCAACGAGUCAGCCAGUCAACGGGUCAGUCAGUCACUCACGUCCAUCAGUCCGCUAUAAGUCCGCCGGAAAUUGCAGUGCGGGUAUUGCAACUCAGUCCAUCAGUCAGUUAGUCGGUCAUUCAGUCAGUGAGGAGUGAGACAGACCAAAGGAGCACAUCAGAAGGAAGUCAGCCAAGUCCCAGAGAGGUCACAUCAGGUCACAUCUUCGGGUCACAAGCUUUCCACGAGGAGUCAGCGGCAGCGGCGAAGGUCACAGGAAGAGGAGGAGGAGGAGGAGGGUCACGAAGGGGAAGGCCCGCGUCAUAAGUCAGCGAAGGAUAUCACAAGGAACCCACUUGGAAGGACCCGGCCGCAUCUACUUACGGGGAGUGUGGAACAAGAGUUGUCUUCACUUACCCAAACCAAUCAAUAAAGAGGACCAAGAGUCAUUGGAGGACGCGUGAGGCUUCCCAAGAGUCCUACAAGCCACCGGAGCGUAAAAGAGAACCCCAUCCUCCCUCCUUCCCUCCUUCCUCUCCCUUCACCCCUAAAAAUGUCCUUAACUAUCGACUUCUGGUGACCUUGACCUCUUGAUAUGCCGGAUCAGGUCACGGACGCCCCCUACCCCUCCUUCGACCCCCUGGAUGUCAUCACGACGGAAUGGGCCUUUGGAGGGGGAGGGGGGCAGGAAGAGGAAGGAGGAAGAGAAGAGGGAGGAGAAGGAGGAGGAGGAGGGCCGCUGGUGGAGGAGGCCGAGGGGGAGGUGAUGCUGGAGGUGAACUGUUCCCUCCGUUGUGACAACUACACGACGCCCUCCAACGCCUCCAGAGGGGCAGGGGAUUCGUACUACUUCUAUGAGACGGAGCAGUUCGCGGUGAUGUGGAUCCUUCUCAUCUCCAUCGUGGUGGGCAACAUGGCUGUCAUCAUCGCCCUCCUCCUGUCCAAGGCGCGGAAGUCACGAACCAACUUCUUCAUCAUGCAUCUGGCGCUUGCUGACCUCUCCGUGGGGCUCAUCAGCGUGCUCACAGACAUCGUGUGGAAGAGCACCGUCUCCUGGAACGCCGGGAACAUUGGCUGCAAGGCGGUGAGGUUCGCCCAGGUCUUGGUCACCUACUCCUCCACGUACGUCCUCGUCGCCCUCUCCAUCGACAGAUACGACGCCAUCACCCACCCCAUGAACUUCUCCGGCAGCUGGCGGCGGGCGCGGAGGCUGGUGGCCGUGGCCUGGCUGCUGUCCGCCGUCUUCGCCUCCCCGAGCCUCGUGUUCUUCAAGGAGACUUCAGUAGAUGGCGUGGUGCAGUGCUGGAUCGACUUCCCGAAGCUGUGGCAGUGGAAGCUCUACAUGACCCUCGUGACCCUGACGGUGUUCUUCUUCCCCACCGUCAUCAUCGCCGCCUGCUACGCCGUCAUCGUCUACACCAUCUGGUCCAAAGGGAAGGUGAUGACGAUAACCACCAAAGCGCUCGGCCCCAGAAGCUGCGAGAAAACCCGACCCAACCCGGAUGAUGACUGCCGCCGUGCCAGCUCCCGCGGCCUCAUCCCCAAAGCCAAGAUUAAGACGGUGAAGAUGACCCUCGUGAUCGUCUUCGUGUUCAUCCUCUGUUGGUCGCCCUACAUCUUCUUCGACCUGCUUCAAGUGUACGGCUACAUCCCGCAGACGGCCACAAACAUAGCCGUGGCGACCUUCAUUCAGUCCCUGGCGCCCCUCAACUCGGCCGCCAACCCCAUCAUCUACUGCCUCUUCUCCACCCACAUCUGCAGGAACCUAAGAAGAAUCCCAGCGGUGGAUUGGCUGGUGGUGCGGCUCUUCCCCUGCCUGGAGUGCUCGCGUCAGCCCCUGGAGCCCCAGCGCAUCCUCCACCGCUACGGUACCGACUACACGAGUGUGAGUGACGCCUCCACACGCCGCCACACCGUCAACUCCGUCAGGUACACCGCCAGCACUUCAGUGACGUCCACGUCCUCGCCUGACCCCAACCCGCCCCUUAAGGCCGCCCCCAACGGCCUCAGCCAGCCAGCCAAGGCCUCAGAGGGCGGCCCAGGGAGUACCAUCCAGUCCGUCACGGCGGCGAGCUGAACAAGGCUGCGGUGGCUCCUCGCACGAAGACCACAAACCAAGAUGGUCACCUGACGACGGAGCUGUUUACUUACUCCAACCCGCGGCGCCAACAACCCCUCGUGCGUGGCUCCGUCGUGUAGAGCGGCGAGCGUCUGAGGAGAGGCGAAAAAGAAUGGAGUUGCUGGUUUGUUGCGUGUGCGUGAAGGCAGAAAGGGACUCGAGUCUUGGCCCGGCCGUCCGUCUCCUGUCUCCCGUAAUCUGUGACUCGGGACUUGGAGAGAGGGUGUGUGGCUGUCGCGUGUGCCGAAAGAGGAACAAACAGAGAAAGAGAAAAAAGAAAGUGAGAGAAUGCGUGGGGGUAUCGGUGUGUGCGUGUGGUCGACGUGGAAGCUACAUCUGUUCCUCUCCUGCACGAGUCACAAGUGUAUCGUCGUCGUCGUCGUCGUCUAGCUGUUGUAUAAGGCGGGGCUCCUACUAUCCCGUUUUGACGGUGGCCGUCGACGAUAAUGACGUCACGAACCUCCCCGAAUGAGCGCCGAUAGUGGUAACCGGGCACCGUUUUGGCCUCCGUUGACCCCCGACAUCAAACAGCGAGAGAUAAAUGAAGUUAACUUUUUGUACAGCGACGGCGGCGGUGGUGACCGUGCAUGUGAUGUUCAAUAUUCUAGAUAUCAUGAAAAUAUAAAAUUAAAGUACCUGGACACAAAAUAAUAGAUAGCGAAGUUUCAGUAUAAUAGUAAUAUAAAUAUAUUUGCAUCAUGCACGUCUAUUUCGUGUGGUGAUAAAUAAUCCUCGUUGAAAACUGGAAGUGUGGCAACAACGCACGACACUGUCUGUGUGAAAUUCAAAGACAUGGUUAUGAACAGAAAUUCAUGGAAGGAGAUAGCCAUGCAGUUAAACAUGAAUGAUAUGUUUAAUGUUCGUGUUAUGGAUGAAACUGAAGGACAGCCAUUAUUCACUAUAGUAUGUAUACAUAUGCUUAAUCAAGUGGAGGCAGAGAGUGCAAGCUCUCUGCCGUCCAUGCUGUCCAUGCUUUGUUUGUCAUCAAAUGGCGUGACGCGUCCAUCUCCUCCGCGCCGAGCGGCCGCCGUUUUUGUGACGUCAUUAUCGUCGGCGGCCAUCGUCAAAAGGGGAUAGUGGGAACCCCGCCUAAGUGUGGUCGUACAGGAAUGAAGGACUUGCCUGUCGCCACCACCUCUCUGUUAGUCGUACCUGUCAUCCACCCCUCACCGAGUCUCCCACAAUCCACCUCAGUACCACCUGCCCCCAUCUGCACCCUCAUCACCACCCCUCCGCCACCUACAAUGUCUCGGCGGUCACCCCAAGUCCGCCGGGGUUGUGGUCUCGUGGUUCUGUUCUAGUCGUCCUCUGACCCACAAACUAUAAAAGCGAGCCGGCGCGACGAGUUUGCAGUCACCCUCUUCGUUUUCGCUUUCCGUUUUCGAAAGAGUGUGAUUUCAAAAAUGAAGGUCAUUGAUAACUUUUUUGUUCCUGGUAUUUUGUUACUCGUGAUUUGAAAGGAAGGUUAAUUGGUUUCAUAUGAGCAAACAAUAAAGUCAGGUUAAUGAGAUGUUUCCAGGUAUUGUGUAGGAAACGAGGUCAGGUUUAUAAGUGCGUGGUCUUGCGAGGUCAGAGAUAUGUCAGGUAAUUAUUGUUUUAGUAUGUAAGAAUAUAUACAUGAUCUGUCAUUGCUGUCUCCACCACCACCACCACUACCAUCACCACUGACAACAUACACCACCACUAUCGCCUUCCCAUACAUCUAGACACACACACACACACACACACACACACACACACACACACACACACACACACACACACACACACACACACACACACACACACACACACAACCACACAUACACACACACAUAGCAUUCCCAUUAAAUCCUAUAUGUGUCUUCAGACGUUGAAUACACAAGGAAGGUAUACAGGAGGACGAGAGACGUAAUGAAACCAGAGGAGGAGGAGGAGGAAGUAGGUGUCAGUGUUCCGUGUUAAGGUGUUGUCACAGUGUAAAGUGUGUGUGUGCACAGUAUUCACCGCGAGGGAAUCCAACCUGUGUCCUUGAUUGGGUGCUCGACGGCUUCAGCUGCAGCGCCAGUGAGAGGGAGAAGCGGCGCCUGAAGGACUUUUGCAUGUCAGCCUUGUGGAAAGCCAAUAUCCCUGAGUGUUCUUGUGCCUGUAUUGGCGGAGGCAAAGGAAAAAAAAAGGCAAGGACAGGAAGAAUGAAGGAAGGACGUAAGCAACUAAGGACCCGCGCCGAAGGAAGUCCUGGGUGAUGUCUCAAGAGGCUUCUUACGAGUCCGAGGAAACAAUAACACUGGGUUACAAAAAAAAAUUGUAAGCUGUCUAAGUUUUUUCAACUGAUUUAGGACAAAUUUGCACCACUGAAUCCGAAAAUGACACCCGUUUAGCUCGAUCAGGUAAGGUUUUUGUACUAACUCAAUUUUUUUUUAAAUCCGAUCUUAUAACUAAAUAGGUUACAUUUUUGUGACAUUUUCGGUUGAUUAUUGUUAAUAUUUCUCAUCCAAAAUAGGUUUUUUAGAUAAAAAAAAGUCGUUUUCUAACACAAUUCAUUAAUUAAAUGCUACAAAAAUUGAUAAGUGUACAUUGAAUAGUAGACACUGAUAAAGGUAAGUACAAGUAAAUUGGAUAUUAGGUCAUCAUUGUUCAUAAUUCAGGUCAUGAACUUCUGUUUCUUCGAACUCCUAGAAUGCUCAGCGGUAGGGAUGUCUCUCUUAAGAGUCCAACAGUAAUCAGCCACCAUGACUGCAUCCCAGGUGGGAAGAGUAUCCUGUCUCUGUCCACCAGAGGGUUGUUUAUGACGUUCCAUGCUCUGCAAGGCACCAACUCCUCCCGUGUAGGCGAGUCCUUCUUCGUGUAAUGCUGAGCUUUGUCCCUACCCAGGCCUGGGUCCCUGCUAUCCCACAGGCACAGAAAGCACGGGUACUUGGUGAACCCGGACUGUUGUCCCAACAAAAUACAAAAAAUACCAGUAAGUAAAAAAUUGGUGCAUGUAAACUCUUCAGUAUUCGUUUAUUUAAAGAAAUAAGAAAGAAUACCCGUACGUGUAAAAAAACAUCAUGUGGCGAUAGAUAAAAAAAAAAUGACCUGAUUGAGCAAAACCAAUGUGAUAUUUGGAUUCAGUACAUCAAAAUUGUCCUAAAUCACCUAAAAAAACUUAGACGAUAAAUUUGUUGUUGGCCAGUGUAAUAAUAAUAAUAACAAUAAUAAUAAUAAAUGAAUGCUUGGCAGCCUUUAGGCUGAAAUCUACAAAAUGCAAAUGAAAUAUGGAGGAAUACAAUACAAUGAGUAGUGAGGAGGUGUGGAAGGGGGAGGGGGAGGGGGAGUGUAGUGUAGUGUGUCGAGGUGAUAGGCGGACCUACUCGUAAGCUCCCCCAGGGUGGUGCGAAUCUUAGUGUGUGUGUGUGUGUGUGGUCAUGUAACCGUGAAGGUGAGUGAAACCGUGAAGGUGUCACUCACCUUCACGAUAGCCGGGAUCGACGAGAGCAGUGGAAGUUUAUAUGGUUUCUUGGUUUUUUAGAAUGACAUCUAGGAAACUGAUGAGAUAGUGUGUAGUGGAAGAGGCUCUUACGUUGCCGAACUGCAUGGGAUCAAUUUUGUAAUGAAUAAUGUCGUAUGCCCAGCUAAACACAAAGUCUUCACACACCAGGCUGGGGAUUGGUGUGAUAGCUAUGGGUCUUAGUUCAUUGAGUGAGGUGGGGUUAUUGACUUUGGGGAAGGGAAUAAAUAUUGAAGUUUUCAAGUCUGAGGCAUUUACUCUGAGUAUUGGAGGAAUUGAUAAUGGAAGUGAAGGGGGUGGCUAGUUCAUAAGAGACCUCCUCAUAAAGUUUGAUGGGUAAGUCCAAAGGAGUGGUAGACCUUUUGAGUUUAAGGGUUCUUAGCCUCUUGACAACCUGAAACUGCUCGCUAAUGGGAGGAAGGGACGGGGAAGAAAGGAAGAUACGGUCAAGGGGUGAGGAGGCUUUGGCACACAGUUAAUCAGUUCGGCUGCCUCCAGGGGGGAGGUGGAGGAGAGGAGAAAGGGGAAAGCCGACGACGGUUUGCCCAGGCCACACAGGUGACGAAUCUUGGAAAACCAUCUGCUGGUGUUGGUGUUCUCCAGAUGUUGUGACUUGUUGGGGUAGUAUAUACUCCUUCGCCACUAUAAUUUUCCUAAUAACUCUGUUUCGAAGGUCCCUGUACCUGGCUUGGUCCUUGUGGAAGGCGCGGUCUCUUUGCUGCAUCAGGGUAAUCCUCGGGGUCACUCAAGGAAGGUCUGUUGGGUGGGUUAGUAGUGUCUUGGUGGGGAAGAAGUGGUGAUAGGCUGAGUGACGGUGGCGAGGUAAUUGUUCCACUUCUCCGUGACGUCGUGUACGGUCAGGACCUCGACCCAAGGCUAACCCACCAGCCACUGCCUACACUGCCUUAUCUUAGAGUCAUGUUUCGGGCGUCCAUCAGAGAGAUAUGUGAUUGCUUCAGCCCAUGGAGGAGAAGGGACUGAGGGGGGACCAGUCCGUCAGGUCCGUGUGAAUAAGAUCCAGCGUGUUCCUUUCGUGACUGGGAAAGUCAACAACUUGUGUGAGGCACAGGCGACUUGUAGCGUCAGUAAUGUCUAGUUCGUUAAAGUUCCCACACAACACGAACUUAGCACUGGGGUACCUGACAUGCAUAGCGUCCACUGUAGUGACGAGGUGGUUCACGAACACUGAGCCGGAGGGAGAGCGGGGUGGGUUGUACACUACACAUAGUUUCACCUGGCGGGGAUGGUCUUGAUCCACAUUGCCUCCACCUAAUUGGGGACGUCCACAUCGACCACUGAGGGGCUAAAAGCGUCUCGACACAACACUAACACUCCACCUCCUCUCCUCUCCUCCAUGAAGAGGGAAAACACCGUCUGUACCCGUCCACCUGGCACAUCUCUGGGUUUCAGUGACGCCACUAUGCCCGGAUUGAUGGUUUUCACUUCAUCCAGUUUGUUGUUCAGGGAGGUGACGUUUGACAUCAGCACCGAGAGGAGGUUAUACCACACGCGCGGCACUUCAUAGUCACCUGUUGUGUGUGUGCUUCCCCCCCCUCUCUCUCUCUCUCUCUCUCUCUCUCUCUCUCUCUCUCUCUCUCUCUCUCUCUCUCUCUCUCUCUCUCUCUCUCUCUCUCUCUCUCUCUCUCUCUCUCUCUACCCCCCCAUGUCUAGUUACUUAAUCAUAUAAAGACUUAAUUACUUUUACGAAUGUCGGGCGAAAAGAUGAAAAUUUGUAUAUAGUGUUGAGCGUUGUGAUUUAUGUACAAGACGUGGAAUGUUUAAUAAUGAUAAUAAUGAUGAUAAUAAAUGUUCAGCGUUGAUAGCGGCAGGGAUGAAAAAAAAAAUAAAGUCAACAAAGAGAAGGGCGAUGAAGCAGCAAAGCACCUUUUAUCAUUAUCAUUAUUAUAAGUAGUAGUUGUAUCAUCGUCAUCAUCAUCACCAAGCAACCUAUCUACGUUUCCUCCCUUCAGCAAACCAUCAAACAGACAGCACGGCGCACUCCACACCACCACAAAGAAAACGUAUACUAUUGAUAUCGUUGUUUUAUAUAUGUGGUCCGUCCACUUCACACACACUCAUCCUCAUUGAACUCUCCUUACACCCUCAAACUCCACCUUCCCUCCUCCUCCUCCCUCCCUCCCUCCACUAUACCUCUCCCCUAUCCCUCCCUACCCCCAUUCUCUUUGCCAGGCUAAAAUCAGGGUCAUCUAUCAGUCUAGCUCUAUCAUCCUUUCGUCUCAUCUUGAUAUGUCUGUAUCCUUUAUUAGCUGUUUUGAACCUCUUCCAUUUGGUGUACUGACGUGUGUGUGUGUGUGUUAACUGUUGCUCUCUAUCUUCCUCUCUUCGUUCAUUCAUCAUACAAUUACUCAUCUGAUGUUUUCUUUUUUUAUUCUCUCUCUCUCUCUCUCUCUCUCUCUCUCUCUCUCUCUCUCUCUCUCUCUCUCUCUCUCUCUCUCUCUCUCUCUCUCUCUCUCUCUCUCUCU